ACCACAGGUAAGCCAUUGAAAAUGAUUUUUAGUUAAGUACAUUGGAGCAAGAUAGUUAUUUUAAAUAUGUUUGUACAUCUAAACUAAAAUCCCUUUCCAGUUAAAUACAGCUGAGACACAGGAGAGGGCACGGCAGCUACUUGCCCUGAUUUCAUCAGUAAUUCUUCCACAAGAACAGCGACAGGGCAGCCAGUGUGAAAUGGCCAAUUCCUCCAGGCCCACAGGAAGUCAGAUUGAGCGCAGCUCCGUCCAGUAUGAAAUGGCCAGGUCCUUCCCUGGAUUGUUCCAGAAUGGUAGAAAACGGCCAUCAACCAGUGUAUCAUGCCGCUUCGCAUCAAUGAGUAACAAAAAAUGGAAACCUUUUUAUUUGAGCAUUUUUCUACUUUCGUCCAAUGACGAACUGACUCCACUUCCAUCAGAUGAACUGGCCUUCAUGCAGGCUGGAUUGGGAAAGAGGACGGUUUCUCUUGACCGUGAUCUAACGCAUGUAGAGUUGUCAAGGCUAUUGCAGGCCACCUACCCAAAAAUGGUGGAGCUGCAGGACCGGUGGCUGCUUUACAAAGCAGGAGGUGGAAAUGGGAGGAGAAAAAUGUCCGCAAUCCCCUUGGAGGCUGAGGGCUACACUGGUGCGAUGCUCCGGAAAGUUUCAGGUGGUGGGAAAGGCACUCUUUACAUAGUGCCUCUUCAGGAUGAGCUGGAUCUCUCACCACUCCCAGCAAACGCUCCAGAGUUUGCUUUGAUGCCCAAGGCCAGCUGCAAGCACUGUUUUGCAGAGAUGCCUCUCCAAAUGUUGGCUCUACAUGACCGUAAAUGUGCUAGCCACACCAGCCCAGACUUGGAGAUUAUCUCUGAUGACGACGAUGAUGUCCAAUUUCCUGAAGUUUUGCAAACUCCAGUGCCAGUGCAGACGACUAAAGAGGACCACUGCCCUCAGCAGAAAGGGGAUGUCCAGUGUCCUAUAUGUGGCAUAUCCUUCCCAGUCCUGCUUAUCGAGGAACAUGCUAGCCAUUGUGGCCAAAGAACUGAGGACACAACCUCACCUGAGAGGGAACUCCAUACUGAGACAGAUGAUAUCUCAUGUGAGGAAGAUGUGAUCAUGUGGCUCAAAUCAAAAGUGGAUACCAGCAAGACCUUUGAGCUCUGUGUGUCUCGAGAUAAUAUGUUUGAAAGAGGUCUGAAGUUAUGGAAGCGCAACAAAAAGGCUACACCAAUUAAUCCCUUGCGGAUCAAAUUCCUUGGAGAGGUGGGGAUUGAUACAGGGGCCCUUAGAAAAGAGUUUCUGACCACAAUGGUAUCUGGGAUUGAGCAACGCCUUUUUGAAGGUGUGAAGUCCAAAAUGCCCAACUAUUCUGUGAAUGACUUUGAUGAAGAGCUCUUCAGGAUUGCAGGUGAAAUCUUUGCUACAAGCAUUGCCCAAGGUGGACCUGCACCACGUUUCCUCCAGCGGUGGUGCUACAACUUUCUAGUAUCUGGCAAGCUCUCAUUGGAUCAAGUCCUGGACCCGAGCUUAUCACCGCUAAUAACAACAGUGUUUUAA